UAUGCAACUGUUGAGAAGAACGGAGAGCGAUACAUGUCUCCUGAAGACUUUGUCAGAAGAUUUUUAAAUUUACGUAAUGGCAUGGAAUCUAAUCCUGAGACAGUGGAGUUGCUCUCGGGUGCAGUGAAUCAGUCAAAAACUGGACUGAUCUCCUUUCAAGAUUUCCUUGCAUUUGAAUCUGUUUUGCGUGCACCAGAUGCCUUAUAUAUUGUUGCUUUCCAGCUAUUUGACAAGAAUGGCAGAGGAGAAGUCAGCUUUGAUCACAUCAAGCAAAUAUUUAGCCAAUCCAGUACUUACCAGCGCAUCCCAUUUAACUGGAACUCUGAGUUUGUGGAUCUAUAUUUUGGAAAGGAUAGGAAAAAUCAUCUUGAAUAUAAAGAAUUUUCUCAGUUUCUCCUGGAGCUACAGAAGGAACAUGCAAGACAGGCUUUUAUGCAGAGAGAUAAAGAUAAGAGUGGCAGCAUUUCUGUCAUCGAUUUCAAGGAUCUCAUGGUCACUGUUCGCCCACACAUGCUAACCCAAUUUGUGGAACAAUCCUUAGUAACAGCAGCAGGAGGUUCUCCAACCCAUCGAGUCAGCUUCUCCUUCUAUAAUGGUUUUAACUCUCUCCUUAACAACAUGGAGCUCAUUAUAGGAGUCUACCAUACCAUAGCUGGCUCCAGUAAAAAUAUGAAAGUUGGUAAAGAGGAAUUUACUCUUGCUGCCCAGGAACUUGGUGAAGUGACACCUAUGGAAAUUGAUAUUUUGUUUCGGUUAUCGGACAUCUACCAGCCACGUGGAUAUGUCACAUUAGCAGACCUUAAAAGAAUAGCGCCUCAUGGGGAAGGAAUCUUGCCCUAUUACCUGAGAGAAUCUACGAGAAGACUGGCCAGAAGUGACAAAAGUUAUUUUUCUCUGAUGGAACUGGCAGAGUCAGGGUACAGAUUUACUCUUGGUGGAAUUGCUGGAGCCACAGGUGCUACUUCUGUCUAUCCAAUUGACCUGGUGAAAACUCGUUUGCAGAACCAACGUUCCACAGGGUCAUUUGUGGAAGAGGUUAUGUACCGUAACAGCUAUGAUUGCUUCAGGAAAGUGCUGCAAUAUGAAGGCGUAAUUGGACUUUACAGAGGCCUGUUACCACAGCUGAUGGGUGUGGCACCAGAAAAAGCUAUAAAACUUAGUAUGAAUGAUUUUAUAAGAGACAUGUUUUAUCAAAAGGAUGGCUCCAUCGCACUUGCAGCAGAAAUACUUGCUGGAGGCUGUGGUGGUGGUUCACAAGUUAUCUUCACUAAUCCACUGGAGAUUGUCAAAAUCAGGUUACAGGUGGCAGGUGAAAUCACCACAGGACCUCGUGUCAGCGCACUGACUGUCAUAAAGGACUUGGGUUUUUUUGGGCUAUACAAGGGUGCAAAGGCUUGUUUUUUGCGUGAUAUUCCAUUCUCUGCUAUCUACUUCCCUUGUUAUUCUCACUUAAAAAUCGCCUUUACAAAUGAGAAUGGACAGGUGCACCCUGGAAAUCUGCUGUUGUCAGGAACUUUGGCUGGGAUGCCUGCAGCUUCUUUAGUGACACCUGCUGAUGUUAUCAAAACAAGGUUGCAGGUGGCUGAACGUGAAGGGCAAACUAAAUAUAGUGGAUUGCUGGACUGUUUUUGGAAGAUUCUACGACAGGAGGGCCCAGGUGCUUUCUGGAAAGGAGUUACAGCCCGUGUAUUGCGUUCCUCACCCCAGUUUGGUGUUACUUUGUUGACUUACGAGCUUUUGCAGAGGUUUUUACAUUUUGAUUUUGGCAAAAAAUCUGGAAUGGAUUCACCACCACAAUAUAGAUUUAGCCUAUCUGGUCGUAAUCGAGACUAUAUCGGUGGCUACAAGUUAGUCAUUUCUACUUUUUCUGGAGUUGAACGCAAAUUUGGACUUUAUCUACCACGAUUUUCAUCAUCCAAUCCACCAUGA